AGUCUCCUGCAGACCCCGGAAGUGCAACUCGAACUUGGUCGGGGCGCGGAUCCCGAGAGGGAAAGUCAUAACAACCGCACGAGGGAGUUCGACUGGCGAACUGGAAGGCCACGCCUCCUCCCGCCUGCCGCCUCAGCCCUGUAGCUGGGGGCAGAGCUCAGACUGUCUUCUGAAGAUUGAUGUCUAUUUCCUUGAGCUCUUUAAUUUUGUUGCCAAUUUGGAUAAACAUGGCACAAAUCCAGCAGGGAGGUCCAGAUGAAAAAGAAAAGACUACCGCACUGAAAGAUUUAUUAUCUAGGAUAGAUUUGGAUGAACUAAUGAAAAAAGAUGAACCUCCUCUUGAUUUUCCUGAUACCCUGGAGGGAUUUGAAUAUGCUUUUAAUGAAAAGGGACAGUUAAGACACAUAAAAACUGGGGAACCAUUUGUUUUUAACUACCGGGAAGAUUUGCACAGAUGGAACCAGAAAAGAUACGAGGCUCUAGGAGAGAUCAUCACGAAAUAUGUAUAUGAGCUCCUGGAAAAGGAUUGUAAUUUGAAAAAAAUAUCUAUUCCAGUAGAUGCCACUGAGAGUGAACCAAAGAGUUUUAUCUUUAUGAGUGAGGAUGCUUUGACAAACCCACAGAAACUGAUGGUUUUAAUUCAUGGUAGUGGUGUUGUCAGGGCAGGGCAGUGGGCUAGAAGACUUAUUAUAAAUGAAGACCUCGACAGUGGCACACAGAUACCAUUUAUUAAAAGAGCUGUGGCUGAAGGAUAUGGAGUUAUAGUACUAAAUCCCAAUGAAAACUAUAUUGAAGUAGAAAAGCCGAAGAUACAUGUACAGUCAUCAUCUGAUAGUUCAGAUGAACCAGCAGAAAAACGGGAAAGAAAAGAUAAAGUUUCUAAAGAAACAAAGAAGCGACGUGAUUUCUAUGAGAAGUAUCGUAACCCCCAAAGAGAAAAAGAAAUGAUGCAAUUGUAUAUCAGAGAAAAUGGUUCUCCUGAAGAACAUGCAAUCUAUGUUUGGGAUCAUUUCAUAGCUCAGGCUGCUGCUGAGAAUGUGUUUUUUGUUGCUCACAGCUAUGGAGGACUUGCUUUUGUUGAACUGAUGAUUCAACGAGAAGCAGAUGUAAAAAAUAAGGUAACUGCUGUGGCAUUGACAGACUCUGUUCACAAUGUGUGGCAUCAAGAAGCUGGCAAAACGAUUCGAGAAUGGAUGAGAGAGAACUGUUGUAAUUGGGUCUCUAGCUCAGAACCAUUAGACACAUCAGUGGAGUCCAUGCUACCUGAUUGCCCCCGAGUCUCAGCAGGCACCGACCGUCACGAGCUAACUUCCUGGAAGAGCUUCCCGUCUAUUUUCAAAUUCUUUACCGAAGCCUCAGAAGCCAAGAUCAGCUCCCUGAAGCCGGCUGUGACACGCCGCUCGCACCGCAUCAAGCACGAAGAGCUGUAAGAGGAGCGAGCGCGACUGGGGAGGCCGCCCUGGCGCACGCACCCGCACCCUCCUCACUGCUUGUGUCGUCGAGCAGACUCCCAGCCCCUCAUUAGAUUGUUUUCUUCCCAGAGCACAGGGUCGUGAUAUGUACAUCUAAAUAGCGUUUUGCAUUAUUUCUAGAUGAGUGCAACUGUCAAAGCAAUAUGGGUUCACUGGUCGUGCUUCCUGCGGGCUGAGCGCUGCCCGUCAGCGCUCAGAUUAAGGCUGACAGCGCCCUGCCCGGCGUGGCUGGCGCGGCUCUAAUUGCCCUGACCGAGCCCGCGCGGGCGCUGCAGGGCGGGCGGCGUCGGCAUGGUCCUAGCGCCCGCUGCAGCGCAGCCGCUGCUGCUUCCACCUCCUUAAUCAUGUCCAUCUUUCCCCGCUCUCAACUGGAACAAACUUUUAUUCCCGACUUCAAAUUUCCAUUUUAACUAGGUUUUUCCCUGAGGACAUGUUAUUACCCACCUCUUUUUUUUUUUUUUUAGGAAGUUCCACACACAUGUUCCAAACCAAUUUCAAAUUCAGAACAGUACCAUGUAGUUUGGGGAGUGCAAAUUGUUCUCUCCCUGUUUUCAUUUCGGGACCAGAAAAAAAAAAAAAAGGAAAACUUUGCAUAAAAAUCUAUAAAGUACUGAAUCCGCAUUACUGCUGAAAAUCUUUUUGCCAGCUGUUUGUGAGAGUUUACACAAGUUUCUGAUUUCAGAAGAGACUGUUAAAACCAAAACAAUGAUGGGCAGCUCUUUUAAGUGUAGGUGUAAAAGGUCCCAUUUUCAAUGAAAUUUCCAACUGUUAUCACUAGAAUUGACUUUACUUUUUAAAUAUAUAAUGUGUACUGAGUGGCAUUAUAAUUUAGAUAUAACACACUUAAGUUUUGCUUUUUAAAUCUCUCUGUGGAGAAAGAUUGUUGUUGUUAACCCUUUCCAGAAUGAUCUAUUCUGAGCUUUCUUGGAGUUAGGCACUUCUAGGGAGAGAAUUUUUUUAUUGUCAUCAGGAAACUAAACCUAUGUGCUCUGCAGCCUUUUUCUUCUGAAAGGCUAAGUGGGGCUAAAAUUAUCCUUUUAGUUUUCUGCUUUAACAGUAAGAGAAGGACUUGGUGUGAAAGAAUUUCUUCUCUCAGUCCAGUGGUAUAAUUUUUAGCACUCUGCUUCCUCUGUAGGGUUUAGCCCUACAGUUUGAACAAUUAAGUAUUUUAAUCCAGCUAAGAUGUGGCCAACACUGUGAAAUACAGGAGAUAUUAAGGUUUUGCUGACUUUUAGAUUAAAAUCUUAAAUUUUCAUAUUAUUUUUUAAUUACUUGACAAGUUUAAUUACCUAGUAAAGAUUGUUUCUAAUAGAUGAGAACAUGAAUUUAAUAGUUUUCAUCCUUUUUUAAAGUGUAUACAACAAUUAAUAUGCCUGCCUUAUUUCAGGACAUGAGAAAAUGUACCCAAAAUGACUUAGAACUGUCUAAUGCCUCAGAAAAGUAACUUAAAAUCAACCACUUCGUGCUUAAAUGUUUUUAUAUUAUGAACCGAUUUCAACAAGUUUUAAAGCUGUUAAUAUCUCAUUGCUGUGUUUGACAUACAAGUACAUUCAUUAGUUCUAUAGUUUUAAUGAUGACAAAUUAAAGUGAUCUUUCUUCAGUGGUCAGGUAUGCAUAUAUUUUGGUGUUACUUAAGCAAAAUCAACUAUAUGGGAGGAAAAAUCAAAAUGGCAUUUUAUUCAGCUACUGGAUGGCUUAAAAUGAGUAAACCCCAACAACGUCAAGCACAUUUGUCUGUGAUAUUGACCCUUUUUAUCCAAUCUUUACUACUUUAGAAGUACUGGUGAACUCUGUAAAAUAAUGGUAUCUUC